AUGGAUGCACCAAUGCAAGGCACCAAGACACGAAGACAUGCAACCGCAAAGGAGGCAGCCCUCGUCCCUGACCCCGAGGGCUUCUGGGACAAACGCUUUGAUGCUGCAACCAUGGAGCGGAAUGAGAAUCAGGGCAAGUUCAUAGUACGACCGAGCAGUCACCGCGCGGAUGCAUCCUACGAAUUGUCCAAACCCGGUCAUGGUCUAGACAGCGCCGGCUCACGCAGUUGGAAAGGGCAAUCUUGCCAGCGGUGCCGUCGGGGUCGAGUCCGUUGCGUUCCCACCAGUACAGACCCCCUUGCGCCGUGUAAACGAUGCCUCAGCUUGUUCACGUCCGCCAAUAAUGAUGUUCAGGAUAUUCGCCUUUUAUGCAGGGGGGUCCGGUCAACGGAGAAGAAACAGAGUGUUCCAGCCAUCAACACUGCGUCCGUGGAUAUUGAGCGCAGCGUGGCAUCCACCGGCGUAACCCAUACCCCAACCAGCUCACGCGGCGCAGGCUUCAGUGAUCCGGACGAUACCGGGGACCGUGAGCUUGCUCCUUUCAAAUGCAGCUUUCCGAAUUGCACCAAGAAGUUCAUACGCGCAUCUGACCUGGCAAAGCACCAGAGGAGACACACAAAGCCGUUCAAGUGUUAUUCCUCCACCUGCAAAUCCCCCGGGUUUGCAGAGAGAAGGGAUCUAGAACGCCAUUACCAAUCUGCACACUCGGUGGUGGGAUUCAAGUGUUUGUAUUCCCCAUGUUUACGCACAUUUUACCUCGAGGACAACUGCCGAAGGCACAUGAGAAUGAUCCAUGGAUGGCCCUCUGCACAACCAAAUUCUCAUGACGACACCUUCGCGCCUGGAUCACCCGCCGAGAAUGGCAUAGAACCUGGCUUCUUGGCCCCUCAAUCUUCAACUCAACGCGAGGAGCGGGAUAAGCGACUGCAAGCCGAAGGCCAGCCGCUGACCGAGAUCCAGCCCGACAUCGAAUGCGAGGAUUUGCUCGAGCCCAAAGCCUAUACAACAUCUAUGAUUCCUGGCGGCGUUGAGCUUUUGGUAGACCUACCGGAAUAUUGUGCCGCUACGGACUCAGGCUACGCAUCGCUUGGGCGAGCUGCCGACCCCCAAGCAAAAGAAGGUGUUCUCAACGCUCCAAACGACGAUGAAGACUCGGAAACCGUUUACUCGGUGGCUAACAGCAUCUCUCGGGACGACGUGGAGAUAUACAUCUCCCAGUUUGCCGAAGCACUCGCAAACUUUGUUUCGUCGGCAACCCAAAAUGCCGGCGAAGAUACCACCCUUGUUCAGGCUGUUGGGGCGAGCCUCCCAGAGCUUCUCAGGGCAUUCUCCCUGAGGUUAGGCUGUGCUGGGUCUAGCAAGGCUGAGCGGGAGGUGAUGUACUUCAUUCAUAAACACAGGGUUGAUAUUGCGUCUCGGUUUGAAUCUGCCCUCAUUCCUGACUCGCAGGCCAGUGACUGUGGGAAUCCAAGCAAGUUCCGGGAGAGGAUUGACCUCUCAACCGUGCAUUCGUUUAUCCGUGGCUGGCUAGAUGGCAUCAGCGACGAAGACGAGCACCAUGAUCUUUCGCCCCUUACACUAGACAUGGACGAGGCCUGCAAUGUUCUCUCAGAAUCAGGGGAACCGAACGACGAGAUAUCGCUUCCAAAUGGGCACCAAUACACCCGUAUCGUCUUCGAAUCCAUGGCCUACCGCUGGCUGACGGCGUCGCUUAAAAGGAGUUCCUUCUCUCCUCGGUACCUUCUCAGCGUCAUCUUUCCCGCCGUGUUUAUUCCGAAGUGGUCCGCCACUUGGACGGUGACAGGAGGAGCAUGA